GAGAGAGAGAGAGAGAGAGUGAGAGAGGGGGGAAGGAGGAGUGUUCAGACCUCCACAGCCAGACACAACCAUCAACCCUUACGACACCCAGAAAAUCACAGAUUUACUCUAAAUUAUACACACGUCUAGAAGCAAACAGACACGUAUGAGACCGCAGACUCUGAAAUGAUUCUGGCUUGGGUUUUCUGCAUCUUUGUGGAUUUUGUGGUCAUCUUCUCUGAGCCUCAGAGUGUCUUCACCGGCACUUGAUGCAUUAGAGAAUUUAACAUGGCAGACAUGAACAUUUUGCAGAUACUGUUGGAUGUUAGAAGGCAUUUGAUCUGUGAAGAGCUCUCUGCUCCAUCUUCAGCUGCCUGAGACGUGAACCCCAGAAGACUCUUAAUGAAUCAGUAUUCGCCGCUCGAUGCCAUGGCGUUCAAAGGAAACCUCACGCUGCCGAAGAUCCCGGAGUCUAACAUGGCUCUGAGCGUGUUAGGUGUGUUUCUGGGAUUGCUUCUGGAAGUUUCCACACAUGGACCCUCCAGCGUUCCCAGAAGCUCAUGGAAGCACGACGAUGUGGAUCUGCUGGAGUUCUGGGAGCCGGAUGUGUUUAACUACACGACUCUCCUGCUGAGCGAGGAGCGCGGCGUGCUGUAUGUCGGCGCUCGAGAGGCCGUCUACGAGCUCAACAUGAGCAACGUGUCGGUCAAGAGCAACCGGCUUCAUUGGAAAGUUCCAGAGAGAGAGAAGGCGAUGUGUAUUUUAAAGGGGAAGUCUAAAGAGACGGACUGUCGAAACUACAUUCGAGUUUUGCAAGUGCUGGAUGAAGACACGCUGUAUGUGUGCGGGACUUACGCGUUUCAACCCCUCUGUGAUUAUCUGUCGCUGCAGGGCUUCAGUUUGCAGGAUCGAGGAGAGGACGGUCGGGGGAAAUGUUCCUUCGACCCGGCUCAGAGCUUCACCAGCAUGAUGGUCGACGGCGAGUUGUACUCGGGAACGGCGUAUAACUUCCUGGGCAGCGAGCCGAUCAUCUCCAGAUCUUCUCCGUCUCAGAGUCUGCUGCGCACGGAGUAUUCAACGUCCUGGCUCAACGAGCCCAGUUUCGUCUUCGCCGAUGUGAUCCGAGAAGGACAGGACAGUCCGGACGGAGACGAUGAUAAGAUCUACUACUUCUUCACCGAGGUGUCGGUGGAGUACGAGUUCUUCGGGAAGCUGCUGAUUCCCAGAAUCGCACGCGUUUGUAAGGGCGAUCUGGGCGGUCAGCGCACGCUGCAGAAGAAGUGGACGUCCUUUCUGAAAGCCAAACUGGUCUGCUCCAUGCCAGAGCUCAACUUUGUCUUCAAUGUGGUUCACGACGUGUUUAUUCUGAAAGCAGCGCACUGGAGAGACACCAUCAUCUACGGGGUCUUCACAUCUCAGUGGGGGAAUGUCGGUCUGUCCGCCGUCUGUGCGUAUAACAUGAGCUCAGUGCACGAGGUUUUCUCCAAAGGGAAGUUCAUGCAGAAGGCCACGGUGGAACAGUCCCACACCAAGUGGGUUCGGUUUAACGGCAUCCCCCCGAGUCCCAGACCAGGAGCGUGCAUCAGCCGUCUGAACCGCAGACAGAACAUCAGCUCGUCGCUCCAGCUGCCCGACAAGACGCUUCAGUUCGUGAAGGACCAUCCUCUGCUGGAGGACCCGGUUCUGCCCAUCGGGAACGGCCCGCGCCUCAUCACCAAAGACGUCAACUACACACAGAUCGCCGUCGAGAGAGUUCAGGCGCUCGAUGGAAACAUCUAUGACGUCAUUUUCACCGGCACCGACAAAGGUUUUCUUCAUAAAUCUCUGCUGGUGGACGGCGAGGUUCACACGGUGGAGGAAAUCCAGCUGCUGAAGAACGCGGAGCCGAUUAAAACCCUCCUGCUCUCCUCACGAGGGAGCCGGUUCCUGUACGCUGGAUCGGACUCAGGAGUGGUUCAGUCUCCCACAGCGUUCUGUGAGAAGAACCCGUCCUGUGUGGACUGUGUUCUGGCGCGGGACCCUUACUGCGCCUGGGACCCGCGCUCGGCCGCCUGCGUUAAUAUUUUCCAGCAGGAUGCCGACCGACGGAAGUUGUUUCAGAGCCUCAAAGGGGAUGCUGGGAUAUGUCCUCCAGCGGCUCGUCUGGCGGUGAGCGAGUAUCGGCAGGUGUUGGUGAAGCCGGGUGCUUCUGUCGAUCUGUCGUGUCUGGUGCGCUCAAACCUGGCUCAGGUGUUGUGGAAGCUGGACGGCCGUGUCCUGACCGAAGCCUCACGCUUCCUCCUGCUGGAGGAGAACGGGCUGCUGAUCUACAGCGUGACGCCGGAGGACGCCGGCCGCUACGAGUGCUGGUCCGUCGAAUCAUCCGCGGGAAAGAACUUCACCCGUCUGGUGAUGGGAUACACGCUUCGACUGGAGCUUCCCGAGAACGUGCCGUCCGUAUCCGCGUCUACGAUCACACCGGAGGAAGGUAAUGAUGGAGACGGCUCUGGACUAACGCCGGCUCACACGGACGCUCCCUCACUAACAACCCCUCCCAGCGUCGCCUUUAAACCCAGAUCCUACAUCCCUCCGGAGGUCAGCAACGUACCGACGCGCACCGAGACGCUCGAACCCUCGGCGAAACAGAUUCAGGAUGACAUCAGCGUCGCUCUGCUGUUGCUCUUCCUGCUUUUCUUCCUGCUCUUUCUCGCCGCUUUGGCGUACAACUGUUACAAGGGGUACCUUCCAGAGCCAUGUCUCCGUCUGCGGGCCGCGCUGCUCGGCUCCGAAAAAACGCCGCCGCAGUCCGAGUACGCAGAAUGUGAGGCCGGGCUCACGGAAAAGACGGAUCGGAACGGAGCGCAUCCGCUGCGUCCUCUCAGAGACACCGGAUACGAGACGGAGCCGGAAACAGGGAACGGUGGAGUCCCGUCCAGCAGCUUCGAGGACACCAGUGAUAGUCCCAUGUUCGACGUGCAGUCCGCGUCGCAGUCGAUCGAAUACGCAGACGGCGACGCGACGGACUGACGCGUUCACAGAACCAGCGCAGCUCUGCAGGAACAAACGCAGAAUUCCAAAUCUGAUUCCAAAUUGGAAACAUUGUUUACCAGAUUGGUAGGUUUCGUGAUGUUGUCCAAGUUGGAGCAGCGGACUGUAUUUGAGUAUUUUUGUGGCGUUUAAUGUUCACUCUCAGAUCACGCUGCAGAAGCUGAUUUCUGACUUUGUUUUCAGUGCAAAUAUCUACACGCCGUGAUAUCAAGACACUCUUACUUGAUUAGGAAAACGAGUUUAGAUAUUAAGCAUGCUUCUAAAAAUGCAAAAAAAAAAAAA